GAACCGGAGCCCCGAUCGGUCCCGAGCAUCGCGCCUCCUCCUGGACGGGCACGCCCGUCCGACGCUUUUCUUCGUGUCCCCCGGAGCCUCUUGGGCCCGUCGUCUUGAGAGGCUCUCGGGCAGCUGAAAGGAGCCCCGCCUGCCUGCCCCUCCCUGCCCGGUCGCCAGGCGACCGACAACACAUCGAGGGGCCUCUCCUCCGCCUCCGGGCUCUGCUUUUUCGUGCGCCACGAAGGACCCUCCAGCGCAGCCAGCAGGUAGAACCCCUUCUUGCCCGGGGACCGCCCCUUUUCGACUCCCCUGCGCCCGGGAGAACCCUCCUCCACCCCCAAUUCCACCGGGAGCGUGGCCAAGAGCCGCUCAAACUUUCGGUUCCUAACUUAGCAGAGGAACAUUUUCCUCUGCCCUUGAAGGGGGGGGGGCGUUGGCAGCUUCCCGGCCCCUCUUGAUUCCUCUGAACGGCCAAUGCUCCCCGCUUCAACGGCUCAACAGCGGGGGGCUCUGCGCACGGAGCACGGGAGCGGCGGAUCCUACUCCGCUCCCCCGAGGGCCCUGGGUUAGUCGGGCUCCGCGGGGCAGCCGCUCCGCUCUUGUACGACUUCCAGCGCCCUUCUUCUCCUUCCUCCUCCAGGGCUCAGGAUGCCUCGCAAGCGCCGGGGGAAGACGCUGCCGCAGGCGCAGCCAGCUGGGACAGGACGCGCAGCCCCCGGGAGCGGCGCCGAGGACUCCGGGGGUAGCCCGUCGCAGGAAGGCGCUUCGCCGCUGCAAGAGGAGCUGGAGCGCGUCUGCUGGGAGCUGGAGCGGCUGCGCGGGCGGCGGGCGCAGCUGUGGGCGCAGCACGAGCUCCUGGAGCGGGAGGCGCAGGAGCUGCGCGCCGAGAGCCGGGAGUUCCUGGACUACGUGGCCAAGCGGGCGCAGCGGCGGGAGGGGGCGGCCGUGUUGCUGGGCGACGAGAGCCGGCAGCUCCUGGCGCACAUCCAGCACGAGCACCGGGAGCUCCUGGCCCGCUCCGCGGAGCAGGAGGCAGGGCUGCGCGCGGAGCUGCUCCGCCAGGAGGCCGAGCUGGCGCGGCUAAGCGCCGAGCUGGAGGAGCUGCGCGGAGUGCGCGCGCUGCAGCAGCAGCAGGCCGGCCGAGUGCGGGAGCUGCAGCGCGCGCAGGCGGCGGCCCGCAAGGAGCACGUGCAGCGGCGGCAGGAGGCGGCGGCGCGCUUCGCGCAAGCCAAGGCGGCGCAGGAGCGCGAGGCGCGGGAGCGGGCGGCGCGCGUGGCCGGAGAAGCGCACCUGGUGGCCGCGCGAUGCCUGCUGGAGCACAGGCGGGAGGCGCAGCGGCAGAACCGGGAGCUGAGGCAGGAGCUGGCGCGGCUGGUGGCGAGGGCGCGGGCGCUGCAGGCGCACAAGGACCGGCUGGAGGAUCGCGUGCAGCGCCUGCGGCGGCAGCAUGACUCGCUGCGGGAUUUGGCCCUCCUGCGCCGCGGCGGCCCCGAAGGAGGAGAGCGACCGGCAGCGGGGACGCGCGGAGACGCAGGAGGGCGGGCGCCCCUUCUCCGCAGCGCAGGGCAGACGAGCUGCCUCCAGCCGCGCAACUGCUGAGACGCUGACCAGGGUCCUGGCGGAGAGAACCUUAAGACGAGCCUACGAGGCGCCUGGUGGAUCGGGCCAGUGGCUCAGCUAGUCCAGCCUCCUGUUCUCACGGGGGCCAACCAGACGCCUGUGGGAAACCUGCCAGCUGGAUCCGAGCGGAAGAGCGCUCUCUCCUCCUGUGGCUGCCAGCAUCUGGAAUCCAGCAGCAUGGACUGUGGCCACAGAGUAUAGCCUCCAGGCUGACUAGUAGCCAUCGCCAGCCCUCUCCAUGAGUUUGUCGAGUCCUCUUUUGAAGUCAUCCCAUCUGGUGGUCAUCGCUGCCUCCUGUGGGAGGGAGUUCCAUAGUUCAACUAAUGCACUGCACUGAACCCACUGUAAUCAGUUUUGCUUAACUGCUGCUGCUGUAAUAUUACUU